CUGGGGAAGGGCGUGGCUGACGGAGCUCUGGCUGAGUCUCUGAGAUGGAGCAGCGAAUAGAGAGGUAGUGCUGAAUUUGCUUGAAUAUAGGAGCUGGUAGAGGCAGGAAAGGAAGGAACAGGAGGGGAACUGAGGACCGCAUACCCGGGGAACAAAGGGAAAGAGCGGUCUGCUGUAUUAUAUACUGACAUCGAUCUGAAACUUUUUUUAAUAAAAAGAAGGCAUUAUUAUAUUUGAUUGAGUUUUUUUAAAAGAGAUUUUUCAUUGUAAAGAGUUAUCGAAAGGAAUUACAAAGCCAUGAAGAGCGAGAAAAAGCCAACGCGGAAAUGGCAGAAGCUGCCAGGGAGAAACACGUUCUGUUGCGAUGGUAGGAUCAUGAUGGCUCGACAGAAAGGAGUUUUUUACCUUACCGUCUUCCUCAUCGUAGGAACCAGCGCGUUGUUUUUCGGAUUUGAGUGUCCAUAUUUGGCGAUACAUCUUUCCCCUGCCAUUCCAGUGUUCGCAAUAGUUCUCUUUAUCUUCGUGAUGGCAAUGUUACUCCGUACCAGUUUCAGUGAUCCUGGUGUGCUCCCACGUGCUGAGCCAGAUGAGGCUGCAUUUGUGGAGAUGGAAAUAGAGGCAGCCAAUGGGAAUGUCCCAGCAGGCCAGCGACCACCACCAAGAAUCAAAGAUAUCCAGAUAAACAACCAGAUUAUCAAAUUGAAAUACUGCUACACAUGCAAGAUAUUCCGCCCGCCACGGGCAUCCCACUGUAGUGUUUGUGAUAACUGUGUUGAGCGAUUUGAUCACCAUUGUCCUUGGGUUGGAAACUGUGUUGGAAAGAGGAAUUACCGUUUCUUUUACCUUUUCACCAUAUCGUUGUCAUUUCUCACUGUCUACAUCUUUGCUUUUGAUAUUGUACAUGUGGCACUGAGAUCUGUGGACAAUGGUUUUUUAAACACCCUGAAGGACACACCAGGAACGGUACUAGAAGUGGUAAUCUGUUUCUUCACGUUAUGGUCUGUGAUUGGUCUGUCUGGAUUUCACACCUAUCUUAUUGCACUCAACCAGACCACCAACGAAGAUAUUAAGGGUUCUUGGUCAGGAAAAAAUGGAAUUCAUAAUCCUUACAGCCAUGAUGGUGUGUUAAAAAACUGUUGUGAGAUCUUAUGUGGACCAGUGCCACCAAGUGUUCUUGACAGGAGAGGACUUAUUCAGGAUGAGACUGGUGUUACUGCUAACCAAAUUGCAAGUACAGCGCCACCGAUGACGGCAAGUAGAACUCCAUUGAUACCCAAUGAACAAGCACCAGUAAAAGAAAAUCCUGUGGUACCUGGGCAAACUGAACAGGAUGCAAAAGAGACAGUACCAUCAACUGACACGAAGCAACGACUUCCAUCUACACAACCAGUGGACUUAAAUAUGCAGUCUGGCACUAUUGCCCUGCAAAGGAAUGCAGUUACAAAAGGAGCUUUAUACCAGGGGCAUGCCUUCUAAUAAAUUUUGUUCCUGAACUAAGUGCAAAAAAGACUUGAGGCACAAAAAAGAAGUUGGAAGACAGUUCAUCUAGCUAAACUAAGAUGCAAAUUGGUUUGAUACUGCAAUUUCCAUCUGAUCAGUAUUGUACAUUUUAUUUUAUGAAGGAAUUUUUAAGGUUGUAGCUGAUGAGAAGUAACUGCAGAUGAGGAAUGAUGAAGAUAGGUUGAAGAUAGAGCAUUUUGACCCUUCUAAGGCCAAUUUACCCAUUCAUGGUCAAAUCUGUCUCUUCAUAAAUUACAUUUAUUAUUUUAAUUCAGAAUAUAAAAACAGGUGACAGAUGAAGUUUGCAAAAGAUUUAACUAAUCAAGUGUCUAUUUAUUACCCACAUAAGAUAUAUUGUAACAUCAUGAAAAUGCCUGGCAGGUAAAUAUCAAUGUGAAUACCUCAUUUAUGCUGAGUUCCAGGUGGGUACUAUGCAAAACAUGCCUAUGUUUAGAGCUGACCAGUUUAACUUUAAAUGUCACUGAUUACAGGCAUGUUACGAGCGAUAAGCUAUCAAUUUUAAAUGGUUGUGAGAAAGGUUGUGUGUGUGUGUGUGUGUGUGUGUGUGUGUGUGUGUGUGUGUGUGUGUGGUCUCUUUUGGGUUUAUGAACUUUAUAUGUAGUUUAAGGAACAUUUGAACUUUAUUCCAGGUAGAGUGAUACAAAUUUUUUUAAAGACCAAAUUGUGAACUAAUGCUGCCAUUGGAUGUUUUCAUGAAAUUACAAUCUGAUACUUGUGGUGUAUGUUGUUUUUGCUAGUGGAUUGUGAGCUGGGGCCACUCCUAUAUUAACAUAAUAUACAAAAUGCAUGUGGCUUAAAUGACGAGGCCAGGAGGAAUAGUUACUGACAAAAUUAAACCUCUACAUUCCUGUGCGAUUUAUAAGAUGGAGCCAUAGUUUCACAAGUCAUUCUGCCAUGUAAUUGUAAAUGAUGGAGUGCACAGGUGCAAGACAGCAGACAAAAGUGAAGUUGGAAACAGAAUCUUAUGGUUCAAGUUUGUUACCAAAAUCACUCAUUUGUUCUAAAUUAACAAGUCCAUUUUAUUUAGGAGUACUUGCUAUGAGGGAAUAUUUUGACCUAAGGGAAAGUAUAUGUAGUUUGGUGCCAUUUAUAAUUCAAUAGAAAAAAUGUUGUGCAGCUGCAGUUAAGGUAUACGUAGAAAAAUUAGGUUUUCCCUUUUAAUUGUUGCUAAUUAGACAGUCUUUCUAUUGUCCAAAGAUGACCAUAGUGGUUUCUUAAAACUACCAAGUUUCAACAAAGACCCAAGAGGAAGCAGUGGCCUUGCCCAAAGGCUGAAGUCCCUGAACUCCAAGCUGUGUUUGAACACUCAUUAUUUUUUUUAAUUUUAAAGCUUCAAACUGAGGCAUAAACACAAGACGGAGACUGACAAACAUGCUUGUGCUCCUAAUCUCUUCUGCGCAGUCAACAGUGCCUUUCAUGAUACUGAAUUCAACCAUUUUGAAAUUUAUUAUAUUUUUUGGCAGUGACUAUUAUGUGUUAAUGGUAAUAAGAAUAGAAUUGUGGUGUCAGUGAAAAUGGUAAUUCAUUUAGUUUGUUUCAGUCACCCAGUUGUGCAGGAUUCAAUUAGCUUAUACAUUAUUGCACUAUUUAAGUACUCUUAAGUGCUGCAAUGGUUUUAAUAAAGCAAUUCUAUUCCAUAAUCCUCCAUGGUAUACAGGAAGAACUGUAGUGCUGAAGCCACACUGACCCCAAUGAGAAUUUUAUUUUCUCGUAUGUGAUUUUUGUUCCAAGUGUAAACCAGAUUUUUGGAACCAAAAUCUUGAUUUUUCUGUUUAAGAUUUCCGAUGCCUAGAACUGUAUUGUUGCAGUGCUGAACAUUAUGAAGUACGGUAAGCUGUUAUUUGGCAUGCUGGGAGAUGGGUGGUGCCAAUUAAUUAAAACAGCUGUUUGGUGAGUUGCGUUACUCUGACCACUAACAGCAAAGGUUUUUCAAUCUUUCAGGGGAGGGAAGCAGCUGGACAGUCAAGAGCCCUAGCACAGCAUGCCAUUCCACCUGGCAUUUAUUUUGGGGCAGGGAAAGAAGAGGCUGUCAAUUUUUUCUGAUUUAGAUUAUCUUUGUUCAGGCUCAGCAACCAAAACUGACCCAAUAGUUUUCAUGUACAAUGUAGGAGCAGUUUGAGAUUUAUGACCUACUGUUCUUAAUGCAUUUUUUUAAAAAAAGUUAAGUGACCAGCUUUUGUUGUUUUAAACAAAAAUAUCAAAAUUCUAGUUGAUAGAGUAAAUGUUGUUCAGCAUUCUGUAAUUUCAGCUGGAUGAUUUUUUUUUGUACUGCACUUAGUUAUGUAGGAGAUAUAAUGUUUCAUUUAACAGAUUACAAUGUUUUGAAGCACAUCUUGCAAGGAUUAAACAUUUAAUCAUGCACUAUUUGGCAUGCAUAUGGGAGGAGCAUCAGCUUUUCUUGCUUGCCAUGUUUUCAACUGACAAAUUUUUGAUUUGAAUAAUGAGGUUUAUGAAUUUUAUGUACCUGAUGACUACUUCAUAGCUGGUUAUUUCAAUGUUUUUGACCUAAACAAAUCCCAGUCAAUUGAAAAUUACAUCAUUUGAAUUAAUGUCUUAUAUAACGUAGUUUCUAUUCUCAAAACACUAACCAAAUGAACCUAAUCUGUUUAUUCCUCCAGUACUUCUAAAACAGUCUUUUGUCCAAAUGGUGGGAAAGCACUUUAGAAGUUAAAUUCCCUCCUCAGUCAGUUUAUUUUUCAUGCUGGUGUCAAUAAAGAUUCAUUUGAAACUAGCCAAAUAAACAUUUGCCCUAGUGACCUAGAUUUGAGUGCAAUAAAAAAGGGCUUAAGAGGUUACUUUUCUUAGGGAAUUUGAUGUACAUGACAUGACGAACGGUAACACAAAUAAUCUUCAAUAUUGGACCUUCGUUCCAUCCUUUUGAUCUUGGCAUUUGUUCAAUUAAUCAGUGUACAAAAUAAGUUUAAGAUCUAUGUUUGGAUGUAGCCAAUGAAAUUGGAGGAAGAAUAAAUUUCAAUGAAGGGAGAAGAGUCCAUGCUUUUAAUGGAGUGCUAACGCACAAAUAGAUGAUGUGAAUUUAUCUUCCUCUCAUCCUGUAAUCAUUUUGUGUAAAAUCUUUUUGGGAAUUCUUGAGAAAUUAGGCCUUUUAAAGUAAAAUUUGAAGAUUUAAAAAUAGCACAGUUGUGGGCAUAUAGUUACUUAUUUCUAAUUUUGUGGUUAUCUUAGCUGUUACUUGAUGCUAUGUGACCUGUUGGAAUAUCUUUUUUGUUCUAAAAUAACACUCCAGUGUAUGCCAUAUAUUGGCAUUGCACCUUUUUAAUAAGAAAGCUUUAACUAUUCAACUUCAAUUGAGCAGAUAUUUUUGAUGUUUUAGCACUUUAUAAACUGAACAAUUCAGAAUUUGAGUUAGACAUCACUCAAGGAAACGGACCCUCGAGUCCAACUAGUCCGUGCUGACCAUAGUUCUCAAACUAAACGAGUCUCAUGUGCCUGUGUUUGGCUCACAUCCUUAGAAACUGUCUUUUUUAACCAUUCAUGCAUUUAUCCAAAUGUCUCUUACGUGCUGUGACUGUACCUGCAUUCACCACUUCUGGCAGUUCAUUCCACAUGAAUCAGUUUUUUUAAAAAAAAAAUUGCCCCUAGAGUCUCUUUUUUCAAAACUUUCUCCUUUUUUGUCUUUUAAAAAAUAACCCUUCAGUUUUGAACUGCCCCACCCUAGGGAUAAAAACCCUUUCUGUUCAUCUUUUCUACACACUUCAUGAUUUCAUGAACUUCAGUAAGGUCACCCCUCAACCUCCAACAGCCUUUGCAAAGGGGUUUAGGGGGAGGGGGUCUCAGCCUAUCCAGCCCAUUUUUCAUAGCUCAAACCUUCCAUUCCCAGCAAUGUCCUAGUGAAUCUUUUCUGAACUCUGAAUUCAAUUACAUUCUCCCUAUAGCAGGGAAACCAGAACUGCAUACUACUCCAGAAGAGGCCUGACUAGUGUCUUGAAUAACCUCAAAAUGAUGUUCUAACUUUUUUAAGGAUAUGCUGACUACUUUGUUCUCAAACUGAAUUGCAAGGUAAAUUAUGUAUACUCCACUAGAAAGUGCAUAUUUGCGUUUUAUUUGGUACAUUUCCCUAUUUUAGAGGCUACAGUGCAAUGUUUUUAAAAUUUGGAUAAGGAAAGGACAGCUCAAUUUUCUUGCAAAAUAUACUUGUAUUUAGCCAUUUGGAAAUUAAAUUUCCAUUUCUUCAGUAACCAAUAUUGUAACUGAGGAAAACGUUUAAUUUUGAUUUAAAAUCUAGAUGACAAAUGAAGAAUUCAGAAUCAUUACAAGUGAAAACAAUUAGCUAAAAUUGUACACCCUCUUUCCAAAUAUUUUCUCUCUCGUGCUGAAAUCUGAUUAAUUUAAAUUUGUGUUCGGUUGGUCUAUACUAAAGAAAAAUGACUCACGCUUUUUUGUUUUUAGUCGCCCAAUUAUAUUAUCUCCUUUAAAAGCUACCUCCAAUCUUUUUCUUCCAAUGAUGACUGUACACGUUUUCGUCUUACCUGAUCAUGCCCUUUCCUCUUAAUAAAGUUAUCCUCUUUUUCCUCAGUUGUUCCACGCCGUCACCAAAUAUCAUCACAGUUCAAAGAUUUCACAGUUCAGAGAUUUCACAGUUCAGAGAUGCACAAGAUCCUCAAUCGUAAAAUCCUUGUUGCUGCUCUGUUUCAGAGGUUUUCUCGUCCUUUUGUAGAUUGAACAUUUAAACCUAUAAACAGAUAAAUUUGGAGCAAGAGUAGGUUACUUUCCAGACUAAGGCAGUUGGUAAGCUCUGAUACGAUCAUGAAUGAUCUGAUUGUGACUUAAGCUCCACUUCCCGGCUUAUGCCUGAUGGGUCCUUGAUGACUAAGGGAGUCACAAAAAUAACCACCUCUGUUUUUUUUAAAAAAGGAAUCAUUGCAGUGACCCUGUCACUGCUGCCUUGGGAAAGAAAAUCCCAAUGACUUUUUUUUUGUUUGCAGAAUCCCUCAAUGCUUCGUGAUCUCUCGCGCUGUCUCACGUGCUCGCUCUCACACUCUCGUGUUUUUAAAUAGUAUCUGCUACUUCUAGUACUUCUCAUAUGACCAACAUCUUCCCAGCAUCCACCCUGUCAAGUUGCCACAAGAUCUUAGAUUCUUUACUCUGAUCGCUCCCUCUCCUAAAUUUCUUUGUGUACCGGUCCAACCCCCAGCUAUUACCCGUAAGACAACGCUUUCUCCACAGAAGCCAAUCAAGUGCUGUUUUUGAUGCUAUUAUGUCGUUCCUUAAAUAAAGAUACCAACAUUUUACACGGUACUCUAGGUGUGUUCUUACCAAUGCUCUUGGACUGAAGCACAAAUCCCUAACUUUUAAUAUUCCAUUCCAGGAGAUGACAGCAUUUCAUUUGUCUUUCUGAUCAAUUUCUACACUUGGUAUGAUAGUAUACCAUCUAGUAUUUAAAUAUUUUUCUUCAUUCAUCAUGCCAAUGUUGGCAUGUUCGCAUUUUCCCACUUUAUUCCCACGCUAGUUUGGUUCAACAGUCAGCCACACAAAAAUAUCCAUUGUGGAGUUCUUGUGUCCUCUUCACAACUUGGUUUUCUUACUUCUAUUCGAUUCAUCAGAUUCAGCAACCAUACUUUUCAGUUCCUUCAUCCAAAUCAUUUUUAUAGCUUCUAAAUAGUUGAGUCCUGUUGCAUUUCACACAUUACAUCUUGCCAACCAGAAAAUUAUUUAUUCUUGGCCUACUUUUUUGUUUCAUUUUACUUAAACAGUCCACUAUCCAAGCUGAUAUGUUGCCUCCUACACCUUAAGUUUUUAUUUGGCAUUAUAACUUGUGACAACCCAGCAAAUGACUUCUGGAAAUCAAGUACACUAGAUCUGCAAGAUUCCUUUAUCCAUGUCACUUGUUUAGUCUUCAAAUAAGCCUCUAGUCUUUAAAAAGCAAACUUUAAAAAGAAAAUUAAUGCAGCCUGGCAGAGACAACAUGGUUUCGUGAAAGGGCAAUUCAUGCUUGACUAAGAUCUCUUUAAUACUAGAUUCCAGAGUUUCACUUAUGCCAGAUGUUUUCAUUGUCUCCUUUUAUGGUCCCUUUUCUGUUUUGCAGCCCAUUUAUCUCUAUCUCUCCCUGUUUUAGCCAGUCUUUCCAUCUUCAGAUCUUGCUGGUAGUCUCUCCAGCUUGUGCAUUAUCAUUGUGUAAUUUCCCAAUUUUGCCCAAAGUGCCACACGAAGACUUCUACAUUCUGCUCUGAGUAAGGAAUGCGCUGGUUGGAAAUAGCUUGGUGUGUAAAUUCCUUUUGCAAAGUGCAGCAGUGUAAAAAUUUUUUAGAGUGAAAAUGAGAGUGAAAGCUGGAGGGACCCUUGUGUUCAUCCAUGAAGUAAAUGGAAACUUCUGAUUGCCUGUAGGGAGAAAUUUGUGUGCAGAAGUUUACAACUAGCUCCUGUUCAUCUUUAGCUGAUUUUAAUUGUAGUAAGCAUGAAAAGUGUUUCAUUUUAAAGGAAUUAAUUCCAUUUUACAAUGGCAACUUUUUGGAAUUAGAAAAUGCUGGGUUUGAGGUUCAUCUAAAUAUAGGAGAAAGGACUUCUAUCUAGUAGCAGCAUUGCACUGGGACAGAGACUGCCUGCACUUUGCAGUUGGAUAGUUUAAGUCUUCACAUGAUUUCUUAUUAACUAUUUUUCACUGGUUUAGUUCAUGGUCAAAUGAGAAUCUUGAUGUCUUAAGUUUUCAAUACUCUAAAUGUGAAGCUUGACAGAAAUAAAUUUAGUUUUACCUCAUCUCUGUUGUUUCAGUGGUACUGAACUGUCUUUAAGGUUUUUUAAUGCAUUGGCUUUUGCUUGAUCACUCAAGAAAACAUUAUUUGAGGGGAGUACAAUGGCUUUGAGUGUAAGAUAUCAAAAUUUUACUAAAUGUAUUAAGACAUUCUGUUAUAAAGUGUGAAUUUAAAAUAUUUUAUCCCACAAGAAUUGGAACUGUUUUAAUAUUGUACCUAAACACCAUGCCUGCCAUGCUGAAAGGGGCUCAGUCAGGUUUUACUAAACCUGUAAUGAAAAAUCUGUCCCUGUCAAAAGUUUGACUGGGAAUAUUAUAUCCUCUGUCAAUACUCAUUAUUUACAUUUUUGUUCUUUUGGUUCAUGUUGAAAACUCCUUUUCAAAGCGGCAAUGUGUUUUAGCUUUUUUAAUGAAAGUGUACUUUUGGAACGUACAUUUUACGAACAUUGGGUUUAGCUGAUCGGGACACUUCAUAAAAAAAAAUACAUGAAUUAGGAAGAAAAAAAGACAAAUUUCAAAACUGCUGGAAACAUGAAUGAAAAUACAGCAGGUUUAGUCAAUGUUUGUAAGGGGUCAGCUUAAGUUUUGGGUAGGACCCCUCCUCAGAAUUUUUUAGUUACUUUGGACAGCUCCUUUGGAAUCAUUUAACAUGUUUUUUCAACUAAAUGUGCAGCCACUCCACGUUCACUCAGUAUUUUCCCGUGGGCCAAGAGAAUGAGGAGCAGAAUCCCAAUCAUUUGCUGAGACUGACCCUAUUCCUUCAGAUGAGUUGGUAGUUAUACAGUGUUUACUUUUGUUACAAGGAAAGGAUUUACAAUCUAUACACCACCUCUCAAUAUAAUUCAACAUUUGCUGCACUUUGUUUGCAUAAUCCCAUGCAAACAAUUGCAGAUUUAUUCAUUAGCCUUGUUUUUCAAGUACUUGUUUGCCUUUGGUAUCUGGAGAUCAGAGUAAUUAAAUUAAACAUGCAAAUUGUAUUUUAUCACCUUCCGAAAUAGUAGUUUGUAUGUUCAUUUUUUAAUUAGUUUUCAUAGCUAUACAUGUCUGAAAAUAGGAUCUUCAGUGGCUUUCACAUUCCUUUUCUAGACCACCCAUUGCAAUUAACUAUUGAUUCUUCUCAUUACUGUAGAUUCAUACUGUAUAUUUGUUUGAAUGAUGCAAGGGGGGGGAGGAGAUGGGGGAAUUUUUAACUAACUGGACAAAACGUUGCAUUUCAAUUCUGUUUUUGUUGCUCAAUAUUCUGGUAAGUUUUUGUAAUGUAAUUUAAAUCUUUAAAAAGAUGUUGCUGGUGCUCAGUGCUGCUAUGACCUGUAAAUAAAGUGAAUGUUUUCGAGAGAAGAACUGUUUAUUUGAAAUGUAACAAGAACAGUGUUUAGCCUCCAACAAAAGAGAUGUUUUUGGGUUUUUUCUGGAAUUAAAUUUUUGUCAUUGACUCAUUCAUUCUUUUGUGGGAUUAGAUUUGGUAGUUCUCUGAAGACUUAUGGAAAAGUUCCACUUUUGGAGUAUUGGCUGAUAGCAUUUUAUGUAUCUGGUUAUUUUUCAAAUCACUACAAAAAUCAGGACUGAAUUAUUAUCUGUGGUGAGAAUUGAAAUUGUUGCAUGAUGUGUACUGUGUUCUCAGUAAUAUUCAACAGACCCAAGAUGUCUUUGAGAAUGUUUUCGUUAUGUAGUUCUAAAUGCGUAUUAAUGGAUGAAAGAAAGGACCUGAUUCAUGUAGUGCUUUUCAGUCCUGCCAAUUAAGUGCUUUGGAAAGUAGUUGUUUGCUAUCAUAUUGGCUAAUAAGAUUUUAGUUGUUCCAUUGGGUGUGCAAAACUGUAGAUAAGGGUGUUGAUAGUAAGUAAUAUUCAAGUUUAAUGCAGAUUAAUUAGACAUGUGCACUUGGCUUGUAAAACCUAUUGUAGACCUCAACAAAAUUUCAAGGUGGAAUUUAAUGUUAGCCAAGAGAUCAUUCGACAUAGCUGGAAGUGAAUAGUAUGGCAGUCACCCAGGAUGUUUGGUUAGAAGCCUGGAAUACCAGCAGUGUGGAAGAGGGAAUGGAAUGUGACAUUUCAAUGUUUGUGCCUAUUAACAGGAGUUUUAGCAAUGUUAUUUUUAAAACUCAAAGUGAGGUGCAAGGGAUAAUUUGUUUCUCCUGUCAGUUAUACAGUGAUGGAAGCAUAAGUCUGCAACUUUUUGCCCCCAUGCACCUUUAGCCUUGUGAUGCAUCUGUUUAUAGAGCUUUCACUUUUUCUGUGUGUUAAUCUCUUCCCAACUUCCUCCCCAAACCCGCCACCCUCUUCAACCUGGUGAUGCAGAAGACAUCAUUGACCAUUUUUUCUAUAUUGAACGCAACGACACCUCUGGACGAUACAGCUACUGACCACCUGCAGACUUUGAGAUGAAUGGCUCCCCUUAUGCUAUUGUGGGGAACAGCACCUCCCACUGUUGUUGGAAUACAGGGAGAGACUGCAGGGAAGCACUUUAUGAACCGAAGGGCUACCUUUUUUAAUCUGCACAAUGCUAUUACUGAGAUAAAUGCUUCCUUUUUGAUCCUGAUUAAUAGAUCGAGAUCAACAAGGCUAAGGAGAUCUUCCUGAUAAUCUCUGGAUUCAAAGCAGAGAGUGUGGUUGGGUCUGCACAUCUGUUCAGGAGUUAGAGAAAGGACAGUUCCUAAUGUCAGCUUACAGUAUGCUAAAAGCUCAUUCCUCAGAUCUAAAUCAUACUAGACAAUAGACAUUGUAUUACUGCCACCAGAUACUGUUAUCAGUCUUGGCAGUACUGAGGGAGAAAUGCACCCUGUAAGAUGACAUUAUUGAGAUGAGAUGUAUUCACAUCCAACUUUAGCAGGUUCAAAUAUGAAUGAACCUGUGCACCAUUUUGAAAGAAGGAAGGGAGAUCUCUCCAAAUCUCUCAGUCUACAUGUUAUGGGCUAUCUUGUAAUUAAAAUAUAGCUGCUUUUGAAAGUUUAUGAUCUGCAUGUUGGACCUGUUUUUUUUGACUGUGAACAGUGCUUAAUAAAUUCAAGUUAUUUCUUUAUAGCGCAUUUAUUUUAGACAAUUUAUUGGUCUUUAGGUAAUGAUCAGAGUUCAGUGCUAACCAUUGGCAGACACCACCCCCACCAUUAUGUUAAUUUUCUGAGCAAAUGUGGACCUGCUUUUUUUGUUUGAAAUAUGAUGAGUGAAUCUAAGUAGAAAAUUUUAAAUGUCUGCAGAAGAAAAUGUGGACCUUGCAUCACUCUAGAGAAUGUUCAAAAGCAGCAUUUUCCUAUGAAUAUUGUUGAGUGUCUUCAAGCACGUAUGAGAAGUGAUUAAAAAUUGGAACACACUUCCUCCUUUAUCAGUUUUGUUUUUGCGUAUCUCCCCAGUGAUUCCCAUUGAAGUACAAUUUUAGAAUAGCUGGCAGCUCUCCAGUAUCAUCAUCAGUUGGCUGUUCUUCAUGUAAGUCUCAUUAGUGAUCCCCAAUUUGAUAUUUGAGGAGGCUUAAUCAGAUCUUUCUUUUACUUGGCCCUUGCUCCCAUGUCAACUUACCUGCAGGGGUCGAUGGAAAAACAAUCCUGGUUGAGUUUUCCUUCUGAAGUAUCACUUUUCUUCCCAUGCUGAAAGAACAGUAUUGUCUAUUUUUUUAAAAAAAAUCUAGCAAAUCCUUGUUAUUUAAAAAAAAACAAUUACACCUGGUUCAAUGGAUGAAAUAGUUUAUGGAGUCAAACAUCAUGGAAACAGAUCCUUUUUAGUCCAAUUUGUUCACGCUGAGCAGACGCCCCAAUCUGACCUAGAUCCAUUUGGCCCAUAACCCCCUCAACCCUUCCUAUGCAUAUACCCACCCAGAUGCCUUUCACAUGUUGUAAUUCUACCAGCACUAUCUCUGGCAGCUCAUUCCAUUCAAGCACCACCUGCUGUGUGGAAAAAGUUGCUCCUUAGUUCCUUUUUUUAAAUCCCUUUCCUCUCACCUUUUAAACCUGUGCACUCUAGUUUUGGACUCACACUCUGAGGAAAAAGACCUUGGCUAUUCACCCCUUCCAUGCCCCUCCUGAUUUUGUAAACCUCUACAUGGCCACCCUGCAGACUCACUCUGUGCUAGGGGAAGAAAGCUCCAGCCUCUUCAGCCUUUCCUGAUAACGCUUUUUUUUGCAAGUACCGUGAAAAUAAAAUUUUGUCUUACUGCACCAAGUUUUCAAUUCCAUGCUAUAGAACCACCAUCGUACGUAUUUUGGGCAUAGUCUUUAAAAUGUUAAAUCAUUCAGAUGUGGAGGUGAGCACUUAAUGUCCAAUUAGUUGGCAAAUGAGGUUUGCUUUUGGGAUGUGGGAGGAGGAGAAUAUGUUGAGGUUAGUAUUCUUCAUAUGAAGUAGAAAAGCAAAAAUGAUUUGAAGGGAACCUUGAUUUGAAAUUGCUACUGCUUCAGGUUUCAUCAGGGGCUAUGAGAGCAGCUGAAGGUCUUUAAGUGGUAGCUGUAGUAUAACUAAUUCCUAAUAUUUCUGUCUAUUUCAAAAAUUAAUGUGCCAUCCAUUACUGUUACUUGGACUUUCUUUGAAUCUAGUGUGAAGUUAUAUUUUUGAUCAGAAGCACAUUAAACAACCUGGUUUUAAAACUAAGGCAAAAAGAUAAUUUUUUUAUUUUUGCUGAUUAGUUGCUCAGCAGGGUCUAAUCUAAAUUGAAAACCGAGGUGGGGUGGGGAAGUGUAAGGGAAUAAUACACUUUUUUUGCUAUUUCAUUCUGAAAGAAUUACGCUCAAUUUGUCAUUCAAUUGGUGCUGUGGCUGACCUGCAGUCACCUUGAAGCUAUCAUUAGUAAACAAAGCUGAAUCUUGAUCAUUAGGUAGUCCUACGUAUGUCUUGUCUUAUUGCUGCUCAUUGAUGGUCACUGUUGCAGAAACAUUUGCUUUUUUAGCACAGUGGCCAAACUAUGGAUUACAAAUAUUAUUUGUACUCCAUUGUAAUAGUGCGAACAAGGGGUAGUGUCAGGGAAUCAAAACUCAGCUACUGCAGAGCAUGAGACUUUUGAUCAACAAGAUAUCAAAAGGCAUCUGUCCCAAAAGUUUGGUUUAUUGUGUGCCACCAGCACUAAAGGGAAACUUACCAACUCCCUUUAUCAUUCAGUGUGACUUCAAAAGCCUUUUACCUCAGGUUUACUCUUUUUGGCUCAGUUGGUAAAAUUAUGCCCCUCUAUCUGAAAUGUUAAACUAAAUGCAAAAAAAUUUUGUAUUCAUUUAUAAUAACUGUUAGAAAAUUGUUCUACACCACCUUAAUAUUGAGUGACUGUUAAUUUAUGGUUCCUUUAUUUCAUUUAUCAUGUAUUUCUUUGCAAUGAAAUCAGUGUAUCUUUAAUUGUAAAUAAGUGUAUAUGAAUAUAAUUCUUGUACUUAAUUUAUUUCACGUGUGUCCAUUGUCUUGCAGCAAUUUCACAUUAUGCAAGACGGCUACUGUUCAUGGGCUUCACAUUCAAAGAAUCUCUGGCAAUUCCAUCUGUAAUAACAUGCCGUUUCCAAAGAGUAACUUAGCUCAAUAUGUGGUUCAUGAUGGUUCAAAACCUCAUUAUGCGGAUAGUCUGAUCAAAUUGUUAUUUCAGAAUAUGGUGAAAUGCUUUCAUCUUUUGAGGUGAUUUGGAUCAAUUUAAACCAUUCACUUGUGAAUUCUUGUUAAGAGUUCACCUAAAGGCCAGAGUCACCAUGUCCCAUCAACACUAGAAUUUAAACUUUGGUUUAGUUAACCUCAAACAUUUUGGAAGUGAUGCAUUGAUUUUUUUUUUGCUUUUUGACUCUUUACAACAGAGGGUGUUCCUUGACUUGAUUUGACUUAUUAUAGUCAAAAGCUUUGUGAACAGUAAAGGUAAAUCAUAGUAAGCAAGGCCUUACAGAUCAUGGGGUGUGUAGUGAGGCAAAUAGGUAACACUGCACAGGAGGUGUGCGAGGCAAGGUCAACAUUAUUUGAAGUUAGAGGGUCCUUUCAUCAAGUCUAAUGUUGCCGAGGAAGAAGCUGUUCUUGAAAAUAUUGGUGCGUGUUCAAGUUUCUGGAUGUCCUGCAGGCAAAGGAGGGAGGAGCAACUAUAUCAAAUAUACUAGUGGAUAAUGCAUUGUGGACAUUUGUGAGGGUAGGCUAUUUUUAAGAUAAUUUAGGUUGGAUAAGCUAAUGAAUCCCUUUGAAAUAAUCUGCCAUCCUUGGAGAGAGAACCCGAAUUAAUGUUUUGAGUCCAGUAUGACUCUUUUAGAACUUGAGUUCUGGAAAAGGGGUCAUACUAGUCUCAAGGUAAACUCUUCCCAAUAAAACCCAAAAGAACUGCAGAUUCUGUAAAUCAGAAACAAAGAAAUUUCUGGAAAAGCUCAGCAGAUCUGGCAGCAUCUGUGGAGAGAAAUCAGUAAUUUUUUUUUGCGUCAGUUAACCCUUCCUCAGAACUCGGAGUUUGGAGGAAGGGUCACUGGACCUGAAACAUUAACUCUGCUUUCUCUGUACAGAUGCUGCCAGACCUGCUGAGUUUCUCUAGUAUUUUGUAUUUCAGAUGUUCAGCAUCAGUGGUAUUUUAGUUUUAAUUGUCAUCUUUCUUAUGUAACAACAAUAACUAUUGUGUUCAACAGCUAUUUCGACAUUGCCUUGCUCAGCAAUGCUGCAAUAAUUGGCAAACCUGCUAUGAAAGCUUUUUAAUCCUGCACUGAUCAGCAUAGAUGCGAGAAUGCCAAAUUUCAAAGGAGCGUCAAUAUAUGCUACAUGAGAAAAGAUAUAAAUUUAUUGCUUUUUUGAAAAUUUGACUUUCCUCUAUUUGCCCUGAUGUCAAUCUGUUUUCAUCCAAGCAGCAAGUUCUGUACUCUACCAAAUCCUUGUGGACAAAUUAGACUGAAAGGUCUGUUUCCAUGCUGAUUUGGUUCUAUGAUUCUGAGUUAAGGCUUGGGCCAAACAUGUGGUUUUAUUGCUUAAGGUCAAAUGAAUUACUUCUACACCUCUUUCUUAGGUUCUUUGUAUUAAUGUGGUACAUCAGAAAAUGUUGACUUUUGAAAUUUAAGUGUCGUGAUUCUCAAAUUCUUUAUAACUGAAAAAAUAGUAUUUGCUGUUCGUAACACAUUCACUUUGAGAAACCAGACCUAAGAGUCUGUUUCGAUUGCGGAUAAGUGAACUUUUCAAUAGUUACAGAAAUUGUGCUUUGGGAGCAAGUCCUUCUGUUUUAAUUCAACAAACCUCACCCCUCUCUUUCAGAUGCCUCUAACUACUUGAUAAACUCUAUGUAGAAGUAGUGUAAUUUUCAGUUUUCACUUGGAUAGGCGCCUUUUGUCUCGAUGGAAUCAUAAAGAAGGAAAAUCCAGUGAAACUUUGAAAUGACUGAUAUUGGUCUGAAUUUAAAGUUCCAUUUUGAAGUAUACAAAACCAAUAUGGACCAAUAUUAGUUAUUUCCACAUUCUACUGUGCAUGUUUUCUUUUCAUGGCAGGCCUCUUUGAAAACAGUGCUAUUUAAAGGUUAGUGAUAAUGGGAACUACAGAUGCUGGAGAAUCCAAGAUAAUAAAAUGUGAGACUGGAUGAACACAGCAGGCCCAGCAGCAUCUCAGGAGCACAAAAGCUGACGUUUUGGGCCUAGACCCUUCAUCAGAGAGGGGAAUGGGGUGA